AUGCCUAAGACUAAGACCAAGUCUAAGGCUGCGGCCGCUCGAAAGAAUCCUUUGGGAACUCGCUCUUCCCAACGCAUGAAGAAUUCCGAGCCAGCUCGUCGAGUUAAAGAGGAGCAAGCUCAGCAUGUUGAAGACCCUAAUGAUGAUCACUCUCAAGACCCUCAGCCAGUCACAGGCAGUCAGCCCUCCAGCGACUCUGGGGAUAGCCCAUCUACCAUGGGCAGCCAAUCCCCCAAUGGUUCCCCUAACACCGAGAGCCCCAUUCUGGAGCCUGUUGGAACAAGCUCAUUGACCCCAGCUUCUCGUGCCGUUGCUGGAGAAGUACCAUCCGGCUGGGCCUAUCAACUUGUACCGAGAGGUGGUCAGUAUGGAACAGCUGGUGAAAUUGCCAAUAGCAUGUAUGGUGACGAACUCAACAAUGACAGCGCUCUUUCUAGCAGACUCAGCAAUGAGCGUGCCCUUCGACCCGUACGACAGCGUCGUCCCGAGACACAUCUCAACAUGGAUCGACGCAGCAACGUUGAGGCUUUCCUUGCCCAUCUCACUGGUGUCCCUGUACAUCGAGCGUGCAAGAACUGCGCAAAAGGCCACGGACCAUGGCACGAAUGUAUCAUCUAUGAUGGCCAGAUGUGUGGCAGCUGUACCAACUGUUGGUACAACGCCAGCGGCUCUCGCUGUACUUUUCAUGAGGUCAACCAGAAUUCCAUGUUCGCCCCAUCCCCUGUCUACACGCCGGAUUCUUUGGGAAUGCCUUCAGUGUACACGCAACCUUCGCGCACGCUUUCCUCGCCACAAGGAGGUUCCGCGGUCAACAAUUCUGCCCACAUUGGUGGCUCUGCUUAUGUCAAUCAAAAUUCGUUUGCUCAGCAGCAUGCACCUCUCGCGGGCCUGCAGAGUCUCGGCCUGAACACGGGCAACUAG